AUGCUGGAGGCUGUGCUUACGCGCAUCAUCCUCCGAUACGCCCAGCGUUACAUUUGCGACACGCUCCGGACAGACUCCCUGUCACUGUGGGGCGGGGAUCUCCGCGUGGCAAACUUCGAGCUGCGCACAGAGGAGCUGGCGCGGGUGCUGGGCACAGAGGAGAGCAGCAUCCAAUUGACGCGAGGCCCGCUGAAGCACACAGCUGUGCUGGUUGGUCCUCAGCCCUGA